UUAUAAUUUAUACUUAUGUCUUAAAUUAUUUAUAUUUGUUAUGCAUAAAUAUUUCGUUAAAUAGUAAUUUUUAAGGUAAAUAUGUCAAUUUGUUUUACGCAAUCGGCAAUGCUACCGCUCGAUGAAUUUCAUUUUGAGUAGAAAGUAGUCACCUAACCUGACCGACUACCGUACAUUUUUUUUAUCGAUUAUGCGUAUUCCGUAGACACUUUAGGCAGCUGUAGUGUAGGCACUCAUCUGUUUUGUAUUCUGAUUUCUGAUAGGAAAUUUGUAUAAAUGUGGUACUGAUUCUAUUCAGAGUUCAAACGUUAAUUUACGUUUAAUCCUUAAGUCGAAGAGUUUGCGCUAUUAUUUUUCUUUACCGGAAAUGGUUAACGCAUUUUGAUUGGUAAACUUCUGAGGUAACACCAUCUGCACAAGAGAAAAUGGGCCGUUCGUCCAGUUCAUCAACGUCCUCAGAGAAGUAUGAAUUAUCCGAUUCGGAUUCUGAUCACAGGAGGCCGGGCUCGAGUAGACCUCGCCGUCUACCAACCAGCAACAGCAAAAAUGCUGUGGCAGCUCGCAUGAACCGCAUUAAACAGAAACAGUAUGUAAAAAGUUUGGAACAUAAAAUGGCCAAACUAAAACGUGAGAUAAACGAUUUGAAAAAAGAGCUAGAUGAACGUGAAAAGAAGUCAGUGCGAAGUCGUCGAGAAAUAGCUUACUUGAGGAACGUAAUUUCCAACAGUCCUCAGAUUGGUAAUAUAUUGCGCAAUGUACGAUGGAGGAAUGUGAUUCCACAAGGUAGUAAUGUCGAAAAAACUUUAAACGAGUUAAACUCUGAAACAAGAGUUGACCGUAUUCCUGUCAGUACCAGCAGUAGUCUUUUUGAUGGUUGUUUUAAUUUAUUAGACGAAAGAGAAAAUCAAGUGGAUCUUCCAUUAGCACGAGUUGCCAAUGGUGCAGAAUGGGCAUUAAAUGCUGCUGACGACAUUUCAACAACCGAGCUAUUCCAAGAUACAAUUCCACCCAAACACGUGUCCAUGUGCACGACGUUACCAUAGAUUAACGGUCGUGUCUCUUUGUGAGUCUAUGGCGUAAAAGAUUUUAUUAAUUGAAAAUAAAGAAGCUGUGAUCUCGCAUGUACAGUUUUACAUGCCAAACUUUCAAAUUAGGCAAAAGGUAAGCACUUUCCUAAUUGUAAUUAAAAAUGUUGAUCAAACUUCUAAAAUCGUAAGCAUGACCAAUUUUCUUAUUCAAUCGGAACAGUAAAAGAUUUAUCAUUUAUUUUUUUCAGUAAGAAGUCAACUAUUUUAUUUAUUGUUAAAAUCUUGCACUGUUCUUAAAAACGGUUUUUUUUUAAUGAUUAUAAAUUGUAAUGUUCAGGUUUUGAAGUAGUUUAGUUGUAUAUGUAUAUUGUUUUUUUUUUUAGUAACUUGUGCUGAUCACAUUUUUGUGUCUACCCUAUUUGUUAAUUUUAAGUUAAUGGUCCUUUUUAAAGUCCAUUGGCUAUAUUGUGCGUAAGCUAUGUUGAAUUAUCUAACUACUUUAAUUUCUGUGUAAUAAAUGUACAUAAAUAA